ACUGAUAAGAGAAUUAUUGCAUGGAGCUAUUAUAAUCUUUUACGGAUCGUUAAACAUUUAGAUUAUAAGCUUAUAAGCAGGACAUGUUAUAAACGCUUAAAAAGGAGAUAACGGAUUCGAAAGGAAGAAUGAAGUAGCUGGUAGAUGUGACAAAAAAGUACAUUCAGAGAUAACACACCUUCCAAUAUGCAAACAUCUACAUUGGGGAUUUUUAAAGGUGAAACAAUAUGGCGUGUUGGACCAUAUGACCAGAAGACAGCAGAACGUUUAAAACGCAAUUUGUCAUUACUUACAUGUCCAGACAAUGCACAGGGAAUAGAAAAUGAUCCUCUACCUUACACUAUAGAACCGAUCUUAUUUUCAAAACAGGCAAGCUCUCAUCCCGAGUUGAUGCCAGAAUCAAUAGUAAGAGACAUUUUUGAUGUCAAGAACAUACACAAUUCAGGAAGUAAAUUCCUAAAUCAUUCUAUAGAGGAUUUCAUACUUGACUUGGUUUUACCAAUCCCAAUGGCCGGAUGUCUUACACUUUUGGCAUUGCAAAAUUUUCACCGAGAAAAAGAAAUGUUUACUGUAUCCAGGAACCAUAAAGAACAUUGUAUUGUUUUAACAGGAAGCUGCUCGGAUGGACUAAGUCUGCCAGAAGUUACACACAUUAAAAGAAAAAAUAAAGUCACAGAAGGUCCUGAUGAAGAUAAAAUAUACAUAUUUACAUCACUAAUCGUUGACAGUGAAAACAGGAGGGCUUUCUGUUCGUUAGAUACUUCGAAAAGUCCGCCUGGAUAUACAAGACUUAUCUUCAACAAAGGGUGGUUGGAAAAGAAACCAAGUAAAUAUCCAAGAGAACGUAUCGAAGAAACUUUUAUUAAAAGAAACUAUCCGGGAUUCUUAUCGACAGAUGAAAGUGAUGUGGUUGUGAGAAGAAAAUUAGUUAAUAUUCUUAGAAAAUAUUUAAAGGAUGAAAUACGUAGUAGGGAAAAGGAACGCUUAUUUCUUCGGCGAACUCCAUUUGCCGAUUCGACCCCAAGCGUCCAUUUUUCUUGCCAUGGACCAGCGGUAACUUGUGAACUAGAAAGGUCUGACUUCAUGAAAGUUACAAUUUCCCGUGAUAAUGUCGUUGCACUCCCGUGUCCACGCUGGCCACAUGAAGCAUCAGAAUGGAUCCAUAGAGAUCGUGUUUGGCCUCCAAAAGCUCUUGUCCGCUUCGUUGUUAAAGGUGGUUGUCAUAUUGUCCCAAAAGGGGAUAAGCACCACAAAGAUGUCCACGACUUCCUCAUCUCAUUCUCUCACUGUGAGAAACUUAUUGCCCUGAGUCUGAGUAUCAAACAGAAGAGAUGUUACAUGUUGUUCAAGUUCUUAUUCAAGUAUUCCAUAAAUAGAAUAAAUCGCGGGUUAACGACCUACCACUGCAAAACUAUAUUUUUCCGUCUCUGCGAGAAAAUCCACGAAGAUCAGUGGAGUGAAAUACAUCCCUUUGGUUUUUUGAUGAGGUUACUCAAUCAGAUGGAAAACUGUCUGCGAAUCGGAUAUUUGCCAAUGUACUUCAUACCAAAGCGGAACAUGAUUCACUUCAUGACGAAACGCACGAGGGAGGUAGUGUUGUCUGACAUUCAGAAGGUUAUUGAGAACCCAGUAGGUAUCUUUCUAGAGCUCACAGAAAAACACAGGUUCUGCUGGCUUUCACAAGACAUAUCUGCAGCGUGUUUGUUCACGCCUUUAUUGGUAAAUCAAAAUUUGUCGAAGAGUUUAGCACAGGAAACGUUAUUAACUUACAUAUCAACACUGCUGGACAAAGGAGAAGUGAGCUUUGUUCUCUCUCUGUUAUGCGGAACUGAAAUAUGUGACGAUCCACCCUCUACAGAAACUGCAAUUUAUUAUGUAGAGAAGGCAGCUGAAAGCGAUGGUGGACGAAGAUGUAUACGCGUGCAGGCUUUACUUGCGACACUUUACCACCAGCAUGCAUGCAGCAUAUCUUUUGGGUCUUUAAAUGGUCGGAAAUUAAUGGUGAAAAGUUUGGGUAUAUUUGUGAACAUUCUUCGAGAAGAAAAUUGUAGUGCGUGGGUAGUUGGUGAAUACUACAAUCUACUGUUCAACUUACAAUGUUAUGACAAGAUCAUGAACCAUUUCACAACUUUAGUAAGAAGAGACUGCAAUCCAACAGCCAUAGAUUUUUUCAAAAGUGGAAUAUACACAGUUGUAGAUUACCAUAACCGAAGUACAGCAGAAAAGGCAAUACAAGUAUCCCCGGAAUUCAUCGUACCUUCUAUACUGUAUGUCAGUUACAAAGCUAUAACGGCCUGUAUAUGCUUCAUGGGGCAAUACAAACUUCCAAAGGAGGACAUUGAGGCCAUUUUUAAGUUUAAUGAGAAGCUAAUGAAGAAGUUACAACUUUGGUUAUCAGAGAAGGAGAGGUUGUACCCCGAAUACACAGACGAGUAUGCCCAUAUUAUUCUUGGUCUGGGGUAUAAGCAUCUUGAUGACAUAGAAAAUUACAAAAACGAAUUUUGUGCUGCGGAAGAUUUUUCCGUCCCACUUCGUAAGAAAGGAAAUUCUUUUGUCUACUUCGAACCGGUAACGGUGAGAAUUCAUCAUAGCUUUAAGAGCUACAGAUACAGUCCGUAUACUCGAAAAAGUAAACGAAAGAAGUCGCGAGUUCCUGCUUUGGAUUUCCGAUUUAGAGACUUUUUAGUGCAUGAGUAUACCCACUAUUAGAUGUACACAUGACUUUGCAGUAUUCCUACUAGGGGUGUGGACGGUAGCUGGCACAUUCCAGAACCGACUAUGGACAGACUCAAUCAAAACUAGCCUGCAGCAUUUUCAGUUUUGCCGUCAUGGACUUUCUUACACUAGGAAUUCUGUUUGUCUCUACUUCAUUGAUUUCAUUGUACAGCUAUUUUGCGAUUUAAUUAAUUUCUGAAACAGUAUGAUGUUUGUAAUCUUAGUAGUUGAUUGUUCUAAAAUAUUUCUUACGAUGCAUUGAUGAUAGGUCCGUCGAUUGCUUUUAAAGAUUUUUAAAGAUUAUAUUUAGAGUAUCACAAUUGCAUGUUAAAUACAUCUACAUGUAUUAUGUUUACAAGUUAACCCUAUAGUUACUUUUGGAUGUACAACGUUUCUACGUUUCAAACAUAAAAACUGGAAAUUAUAUAUAGUAUAAUUUUGAUCAUAAUGCAGCUUCCUAUUAUGAAGCUAUAAAGGUAUAUCUUAUUAAAAUAUUUUUGUUAACUUUAUAAACAAUUAAACAUUAAAAUUAUUUUAUAAUGGAUAUAAUGGAAUAUUCUCAAAAAUAUUGUAACAUGAAAUGUCACUGGUGUUUAACACAUAUGAAUAGUGUUGGUUAACAGAAUAAAA